GGAGUAGAAUCCACCGCUUUCCACACACAGUUUAAUUUUUGGAAUUGCUGCAGAAAUAUUUGUGUUAAAAACAUCAGCAAUGCAUAAAGUUUGUUCUCGGCUACACGGUCCGUCUGUGUUCGGGAAAACGGACCCGUGGAAUUCAGUGGACGCGUGUGUAAAAUUCCACAAAGGUUGCGGUGUGCUUUGCCAAAAAUCAGCCGUGAAACACCCACCACCUGUGCUGCCCCAGAUUCCCCCAUGUGACUUUAAACCUCAGCCGUAUCAGGGCAUGUCUAAAGACCGUUUACUAGACAUAAGGAAAAACAACUGCAACCCUAUGACUAUGAAGGUAACAUACUACAAGAAGCCAGUCUUCAUAAACCAGGGUUACAUGCAGUGGCUGUGGGACAUGGAUGGAAGACGCUAUCUGGACUUGUUUGCGGGGGUCGCUACUGUUAGUGUAGGACAUUGUAACCCGAGAGUGACAGAGACGGCCGAGAAACAGCUGAGGCGUCUAUGGCACACGACAGCCAUCUAUGUGUAUCCACAAAUACAGGAGUAUGCAGAGAAACUGGCCUCUCUUUUGCCAGACCCGCUGAAGGUACUGUAUGAUACCAUGUGUCCGGAUGUGUUCAGGGGCCUCUGGGGAGGAAGCCACUGUAGAGACUCCCCAGUUCAAACCAUCCGAGAAUGCAGCUGCUCCCCAGGUACAAACGGUGUUGGUGGGGCUGUUCAGUUUCCAAAAAACUACCUGAAAGACACCUACCAGCUUGUUCGGGAGAAAGGAGGAAUCUGUAUAGCAGAUGAGGUCCAGACUGGUUUUGGCCGCACAGGGAGCCACUUUUGGGGUUUCCAAGGACAUAAUGUCCUUCCAGACAUGGUUACCAUGGCAAAGGGCAUAGCGAACGGUUUCCCGAUGGGGGCUGUAGUCACCACAGCAGAGAUUGCCAGGUCAUUUGGGAAGGGAGUUCAUUUCAACACAUUUGGAGGAAACCCAUUAGCCUGUGCAGUCGCCUCAUCAGUGUUAGAUACAAUAAAAGAGGACAAGAUGCAGGAGAACAGUACUGAAGUGGGGACGUACCUGCUGACUGAAUUGGCCAAGCUCAGGGACAAGUACGAGAUCAUCGGUGACGUGAGAGGAAAAGGUCUUCAAAUUGGGGUGGAGAUGGUCAAAGACAAGGCCAGCAGGGACCCGCUCCCUCCUGAGGCCAUGGCUGAGAUCUUCGAGGACACUAAAGACAUGGGUGUACUGAUUGGAAAAGGGGGGCUGUAUGGACAGACUUUCAGGAUCAAGCCUCCUAUGUGCAUAACUAAAGACGACGCAGACUUCUUCCUCGCAGUGUUCAAUCAGGCAGUGCAAAACUACAUGGAGAGAAGAUAAGACAUGCAGAACAUGAUGAAGACACACUGGCUCAGAUUUCAUCUGGAGAAUUAUACGGUCACACUUUAUUUUAAGGUCCAAUUCUGGCCAUUAACAAACCAUUAACCAUG